AUGGAUGUGAGGAUGGAGUUUGAUCUAAGAGCAUGGAUUUGUGUUUCUGAACAUUUUGAUGUUGUUGACGCUACAAAGAAUAUUAUAAAACGGAUCUCUUGGGGUGUUUGUAGUCUUGACAGCUUUGAUUUACUUCAACAAGAUUUGAAGGAAAAACUGUUAGGAAAGAAGUUCUUCAUUGUUUUGGACGAUGUUUGGAGUGAAGACGCUGACAAGUGGAAUAGUUUUAUCACCCCUUUUCAACAUGGGAGAAAGGGAAGCACUAUUCUUCUAACUACCCGCAAGGGAUCCAAAAUUGUAACUCAUACCCUCUUGAGAAACUGUCGGAUGAUUAUUGUUGGUCUAUUUUUGCGGAUAAUAAAGAUUCAAUUUCAUCACAAUUAUUUUGUGAUGGAUGAUAUCUUGCAUGAGUUAGCAAUACAUCUUGCUGGAGAAUUCCAUUGCAACUUGGAAAACCUUGGUGAAAAUGAGGAGAUAAAGAUUCAGACUCGGUAUUUGUCCUUUGGAAUGUUGAAUAGUCGUAAUUCCAUUGCUAAAUUGGAAAAUCUAACGACAUCCUUGUGUGUGGACGAUUUGUUUAGCAUGGAAAGCAUAGCAUCAAAUUUAAAAAACUUGAGAGUUUUAUCCUUUUGUAAACUUGAUGUAUUGCCUGAAAUAAUAGGUGAAUUGAUUCGUUUACGCUAUUUGAAUCUCUCUUGGACAAAUAUUAAGACACUGCCAGAGUCGUUGUGCAACUUGUACAAUCUACAAACAUUAAUGUUGUAUGAAUGUACCAAGUUGACCAUGUUGCCUAGUGGCAUGCACAAGCUUGUGAAGUUAAGGCAUCUUGAUGUUAGGAAAACUCCUUUGAAAGAAAUGCCGGGAGGAAUAAGCAAAUUGGAAAACUUGCAAUUUUUAAGUAGCUUUGUUGCGGGCAAGCAUGAAGAUAACGGAAUCCAAGAAGUAGGAGGGCUUGCUAAUCUUCACGGAUCAUUUGAGAUUAAGAAGUUGGAGAAUGUUGUUGACGUCAGCCAAGGAAGGAGUGCAAGGAUAAUAGAUAAGACGCACAUCGACGAAUUAUGCUUGGAAUGGUCUUCAGCUGCUAAUGUGGUUCAAAACACAGAAACAGAAAGAGAUAUACUGGAGAGCUUGCAAGCGCACGAUGACUUGAAAGUGUUGAAAAUCAAGGGAUACAAGGGUACAACAUUUCCAGAUUGGUUGGGGCACUCUGCCUUCACCAAUAUGACAAGUGUAUCUCUGGUGUCUUGCAACAAUUGCUUCAAGCUGCCUUCACUUGGAGAGUUGUCAUCUCUAAAGUCCCUGCGCAUUGAAAGGUUUGAUCAACUCAGGAGUAUUGGCAUGGAGUUGUACAAGAACGAAGGGGAUCAUCAUUCUUCGCAUAUUCCACCAUUUCCCUCACUGGAGACAUUGGAAUUUCAUGAUAUGCCAUCUUGGGAGGAGUGGCACUUACCUGACUUUGAAACUUUUCCUCAACUCCAGAAGCUUCAGUUAACAAAUUGUCCAAUGUUGAAGGGCGAUAUGCUUAAUGGCAUGGUUUGGAAGUUCGCAAACUACAUAUAUCAGAAGUUCCAGAGGGAUGGAAUCAAGAGAUGA